GUCUGAAAUUCUCUUAAAGCCUGAUGAAUACUAUAUUGUGUGCAAAGAUCUCACACUCUGCACCGUGAAUGACUUCAUUUACAAAAAUGCCGAAUGCCAAAUGAUGACCGACAGCACAUCGGUGUGUUAUUAUGUACGACAUAAAUCCACUCCACAAACUCUAAACCUUGCCCUUCAUUUUCACAUAUGUGUCACAUACCACAUACACCUCUUCUAGAAACAGCAGUGAUCCCUGCCCUGGAGCCUGAAGAUGGUGCUGAAGCCUCCAAAGAGCAGAACCCCAAGAACCUGGCUCCUGCCCCCAGCCCAUCCCUAGGUGGGGUCACGACAGAAGACAAUACUCUUGGCGAUGAGAAAUCUAACCAUGGCAAUGAGAUCAUCACGCCCACCGAUGAUCUUUCACCACACAACCCUGUUGUGGCACAACCUACACUGGAUAAUGUAGUGACAGACGUUCUAGCCGAAGCCCCUCAGGCGGGAGGGAAUGAACUGGGGGAGGCCGUUGAGCUGGUAGAGGAUACAACUGGAACCACAGAGACAAGAGAGCCGGGUCUGGAGGCAUGGAAGAUUGGGGCCAUUUUUGCUGCAGUCUUCCUGGUUCUGGAGACUGCUGUCAUCAUUAUCUACGUCCUCAAAUGUCGUAACGGAAACAACGCCCAAGCCACAGAGCGGACAUGUGAGGAAGGGUGUGUUGAACCAGAGGCAGCUACAGGAGGGGAGUGCAGUGACGACACACUGCCUGCAGGCAACGGCAACACUCAACAGAUGCCACCACUUGACCCACCUGACAUGGUUUCAACCCUGGCCCAAAACAAAGAGCAGCAUGACGAGAACCACACGAUACCUCUGUCAGACCUCGCGCCCAGCUCCAGAGAGGAGUCAGUCAACGCUGGACCAGGGCCAGACUCCUCACAAGAGCUCAGGACUUCCAACCUCUAG